AUGAAUGGUAAUAAACCUAGUAUUCCUACAACACGUAUUCACAAAACCACAGUUCGACCAACAAGAGCAUCCUUAGCUCGAGCGAAUACUGUCCAAGCUAAACAACAGCAGCAGCAAAAUAAUACAACAAAUGGUCAACGAUCUUCUUUACCUUCACGGGUCAAGAAACCAUCGACAGAAACAUCCACUCAUCAUAUGAAUAAAAAGACGGCAAAUUCUUCAACAACAGCUAUAAGACCAACAAAGAAAUCUCGACCAGACAAUAUGAACAAUCAUACUUCAUCCUCGACCAUUGGUAACAAACGGAAAUCUAUAACGACAAAGGAAUCCAUUAAAAAAAGACCAGCUUGGGAUAUGCGAGGUAAAAUCAGUGAUUUAGAAGCUCAAUUGGAGAAAAGCAAUGAUAAAUUGAAAGGAUUAUAUAAAUUCAAGGAUGAAUUACAUGUUAUGAAAGAAGAUAAAGAAUCUGAACGAAAACAGGCCAUACAGAAAGCAGUAGCAUUGAAAGCUGAAUUACAGACUUUGGAACGCGAACAUGAACAAGAAAUUGAAAAUCUUAAUGCUCAACAAAGAAUCCAUCAUCAAGAAUUACAAGAUAAGCAGCUGAUCUAUAAAAGACGGGUGACGACCAUUGAAAUCGAAUUACAAGAUGCCCAGCGGAAACUCAAAGAUGCUGAAAAGAGAUCGGAUCAAGUGAUGCAGGAAUAUCAACAAUUGGAGGCUAAACUUUCCCAAGCAAAAACGGAAACCAUGGAAAUGGAAACAUCAUUAAAACGUAUUGAUUUGAAAUUAGAGCGAUUUGGUGGGACAUUGAGUGACCGGGAACGUGAUAUCACUUUACAGAAAAAGACAUUAGCUAAGGAACAACCUGCCACGAAGACCGCCGAAGAAAAAUUACAAGAAGCUCAGUCCAAUAGAGAAAGGAUACAAGCCAUGAUUAAUGAUCUACAACAUUCUUCUUAG